CAGCGUUUCUAUUUUUUUUUAUCAGCAAAAUACUUUCAUUUUUGACGAAUGUUCCUGGUAAAAGUGGACGGAAAUGCAAGUACAAACGGAUGCCACUUGUGUGCGGGUACUUUCCAGCGAGAAAUUGCUUCUCGCCAUCGGGAAUCAGCUGGUGCUGUUGAGCGUCGAUGGCAGUGGAUUGACCCGGCGGGAACCGGUUCGCAGUUUGCCGCGCUUGACGGACAAGAUUCAUGGGAUCGAUUAUCGUCUCAUUGAAGCCGCCGAGGCAGGAGAACCGAAUUGGCUGAUUGUUAUUCACGCCGGUCGUGACGCGUACUCGAUUGUCCUUGGAAAUGAUAACACAUUUUCCCAGUUGCAUCGGAUUAUGCUAUACGACAGGGUUUCCGAAUUGCUAUACUAUCCGGAAAAUAGGAUCUUAAUGACACACGCUGCCCGUCGUUCAAAUGAUUGGAUUAGCACUCUGAAAUUGCUGGAGGGAAAUACGGUUUGCGUGAUAACGGGACACGGAGUCGCUAUUCAUUUCUGUCAAAAUUAUGUAGGAGCUUGGAUCUUUUUGGACCAAUGUCCGUGCGAAGACGGCUCGACUCUGUACUGCUCGCAAAUCGUCGGCAGCAACUGGAAGGAUUUGUUUUGCUUCAGUGGAACGGCGCUCGGACUGUUGGUCGUUUGGCGUCCGUUUGGACAGCAGAAAGGGCGGAUCCUAUGCAGCAUAUCUGCCCACAAAGGGGUGGUGUUUUCGAUUGAAUGCGAUCUGGAGAGGAGGUUCCUGACUACUACUUCGGACGAUCGGUCUGUAAAGUUCUGGAGGAUGACGCUGUCGGAAGACGGUACCGGAAUGAACCUGAAGGAGAUAACCUAUUGCUUCGGCCACACGGCAAGGGUUUUUCAAAGUCGAAUCAUUCGGGGGAACGAUGCAAUCUGGGUAGUUUCGAUUGGAGAGGACUCGAAUCUAUGUCUGUGGGACGAAUUGGGGAAUUUGGUUCACAAGAGACGACUGGAAGAUGGGGCAACGUUGUGGAACUUGGAUUACGACGCCACAACGAUGACAGUUUUUGUCUGUGCAAGCAAUGGCAAUGUGUCGAAAUUUGGUAUAGGACAGUACCUGGAAGCGAACCGAGGACAACAGGAGGCAUGGGAUGUCACGCCCGACUUGAACGAUGAUCAUCUGACGAAGGUCAAAUUCCAACCCAACGGGUCAAUGGUAGCCGUAACCAAUAGCAAUCGAAUACUAUUGCUGGAAGAUUCGCACAAACCAGAAGUCGUUGAUCGUCUAGUGAAUUUUGAGUGUAGCAUUUUGGAGGUAUCGAACGAUAGGAUCUUCGUUGCUGGAAAUCGAUUACUCAAUAUCUACGACCUGGACCAGCGGCUAUUGAAUCCAUCCAGUUCCGCGAAGAUACGUAAGCUGUCCGAUUCCGGCGAAAGCAAUUCGAGUAUGACACCGACAAAGCAGAUUGAGGUGGACUUUAACCGACAAGAAUUCGUUCAGGGUCCGGAGGAAGUCAGAUUCUGCAUCAUUCGAUCGCUGCACGUGUGCAAUAAUUCCGAACUGGUCCUGUGUGACAAUAACGGUCGAUGUUUGAUAUACGACCUGAGCGUCGAAACGUUGAAAUCCUGCCAUCGACUGCCAAAAGCAAGCGAACGAUGGCUGACGUUUGCUUUUCGGUUGGAUCAAUUUCUUCUACUGGCAGAUCGCAACGGAAAUUUGUACCUAUUCAGCGAAGAUCAAACGGAUCCGAUCUUUAAACUACCGAACGUGCACGGGAAGCUGGGCGUUACCCACAUCCAGCUGGAGGAACAAACUUCGGAAGGAUGCUUUCUGGCCACCACCGGCCACGAUGGUCACGUGAAGUCGAUAUUCUUCGACCGGGACAAACUCCGGCUUCAGGUAUACGAAGAGCGGAAGACGGCCAUCAGUUGGAUCGAUCGCAUCUGCAUGGCGAACCGGUUGAUAAUGGGUUUCAAUGAUUCGCGUUUUGUUGUGGCACGGGACGAGCAGGAUGUGCUCCUCACGGUGGACUGCGGAGGUGGCCAUCGGUAUUGGGAUUUCCUGCUUUCGGACAACGGGAGCGGCUUUCGGUUCGUCUUCAUUCAGCGUAAGCGACUGAAGCUGGUGUCUUCGGCUCGGUUGGGAGACGUUAAGUCGCUCAAUGCGCUGCAAGUGCCACGGCUCAGCUGGCACACAAAAGCGUGCAACGUGGUGAGGAUAGUGAGGGGGCAGCAACAGAGUGGGGACACGAUGCUGUUCGUUUCCGGCGGAGAGGACAACGUGCUGCGGAUAAAUUGUUUCUGUGCGGCAAGCGGAACGUUGCAGGAAUAUCCCCGGAAACACCUCCACUGCCACAUCUCCAGCAUCAAAACCAUCCUGUCCUGCGAGCAACUGGCCUACGCCGGUAAGGUGCUAAUCCUUUCCGCUGGGGGUCGUGCCCAACUGUGUCUGACCACGUUGGAUCCCUCCAAACCGGAACGGACAAAGCAAGAACUGUGCUACAUGCUACUGUCUAGCGAUAGCGAUCGAGCCCGGUGGCGGACCAACCGGACGGCGUCGUUCGAUCCGGAAACACGAUUCAUGUGCGCUGUUUUGGCGGACUCCGAAUCUUCCAAGUCCUCGUCGUCGUCUCCACUGUUUAUCGGUUGUUCUGAUGGAUUUUUGAGACAGUUUGUGGUAAGACAGGAACAGGACAGCUUUAAAGUAGAUCUAGUGCGAGAAGUUUACUACGGACGAUGCUUCUUGCAUAUAACAAAAGUGACCAUCGGGACCCGAACGGUGAUUGUGACGAUGGCCACGGAUGGGUUCGUUUGUUUUUGGGAUUCGGACAGUUUGACGGAACCGUUCCACAAACUGAAACAUCAUGCUAGCGGGAUUAAUGCGUUCGAUUUGAAACGUCUCGAUAGUGGUGGACGUUUUCUUAUCGGAACCGGUAGCGACGACCAAACGGUAGCAGUCACGCGGUUUCAGCUGUCAACUGGGAAUUAUGGGAAAAUUUCGAUUAAUCAACAGGGCACCGUGCUGGGCGAAGGGUUACACGUUGGUCAAGUGACGGGAGUCAGAUUCGGUGGAGACAGCACUUUGUGGAGCACAGGUGUCGAUCAGCGUGUGUACUUGACGGAUUUCUCAGGAUGGAAAAACAUGAUCGUGCUGAAAAAGUUGCACACGUGCGUAGCAGAUGUUAAGGGACUAGAAUUGAUACCGGAAAGUCAAAGUCUAUUCGUGUACGGAUGGGGCUUUGAGUUUAUUGACCUGAGGACGUAACUACAGCGGAGGUUUUUUGCGUGACAAUUUUUUUCAAAAGUUGAAUGUUUGUUUAAUUUACUAACGUUUCUUUAAAAAAAAAUGUUAAA